AUGCUACCUUGGCUCCUGCUGUUGACUUGUGGUGCUGUACAGUUUUCUGUUAACAAUAUAGUUUUCUCUUUACAAGUAGAUGGAAUGCUGACUCUACCCUGUGAGCCUGCUGGAACCCAAGUCUCUGAUGUGAGCUUGAAGACACGGCCCCCGGGAGGAUGGGUGAUGGAGGGAAAGAAGCUGGUCCUCAUCUGCUCAGUUGAUAGUGCCAUUGGAAAUAUAACUUACCUCUGGUACAGAGGGGCCCUGGGUUUAAAACUGGAAACAAAGACACAGCUUUCACGAUCAGCAGAGUUUGAGAUCAGUGAAGUGAAGCAAAGUGAUGCUGAUCAAUAUUACUGUGCGGCUGACAACGGCAAGGGCCCCUUUCCCAGUGAGCUGGUGAAGGUCAGUGUCAGAGUUCCAGUAUCUCGCCCUGUCCUUACGUUUGGGGACUCUGGAACCCAGGCUGUGCUGGGGGACCUGGUGGAGCUUCACUGUAAGGCCCUGAGAGGCUCACCCCCAAUCUUCUACCAGUUUUAUCAUGAGAACAUCAUUCUGGGGAAUGGUUCGGACCCCUCUGGAGGAGGAGCAUCCUUUAACUUCUCCCUGACUGCAGAACAUUAUGGAAACUUCUCCUGUGAUGCCAACAAUGGCCAGGGUGCCCAACGAAGUGAGAUGGUAGCUCUCAACUUAACAGGUCUCUCCUUAGUGCCCACUGAGAACGGACUCGGUCAUCUCUCUUCAAGACUCCCUGUGUGGCUGCUUGGCUGUCUUGGCCCUAUCGCCAUAGCCCUAAUAUUUUGCUACUGGCUCAAGAGAAAAAUAGGAAGACAGUCAGAAGAUCCACUCAGGAGCCCUCCUCAGCCUGUGCUUCAAGAAUCCACCUACCACAACUCUCCCAAUCCAAGGCAGCCAGAGCCCGUGUAUGAGAACGUGAACGUUGUAAGGGGCGAUGAAGUUUACUCUCUGGUGUACCACACCCAGCAGGAGCUGGAACCAGCAGCUGCUCAGCACGUGAGGACACACUGGGCAAGUGAGUCCUUCCAGGUCUCUUCUGGAAUCUAUUCUAAGCCAAGGAUAAACAUUGCGUACAUGGACUAUGAAGAUGCUAUGUAG